GUGGCCCACGUGACCUCGCAAACUCUCCUCCUCUUUUUCUUGACCAAUGAGAGAUCACAGAAGGCGGGCUUUUACUGAUGACAGCCAAUGCCGUGUCACGUUUGUUAUACGUUUCGUAGUAUUAGUCGCAUCCGGGUGAGCACUUUGUGGUCUGCUCAGGUUUUUACUUUGAAGUUCGGCUCUCGGUCUUCAGGAUGUACGGAUCCUUUCGGGUGCUGUUGCAGGUGCUGUGGGCCCAGCUUCUGUUUGGGUGGGUGCUAGGCUCCGAGCUAACUUUUGAGCUGCCAGACAACGCCAAACAGUGUUUCUAUGAGGACAUCAUUAUCGGCACCAAGUGUACACUAGAGUUUCAGGUGGUGACUGGUGGCCAUUAUGAUGUGGAUUGUCGCUUGGAGGACCCAGAUGGUGCAACCCUCUACAAGGAGAUGAAGAAACAAUAUGACAGCUUCACGUUCACAGCAGGGAAAAAUGGCACCUACAAGUUCUGCUUCAGUAAUGAGUUCUCUACCUUCACGCACAAGACUGUUUACUUUGACUUCCAGGUUGGCGAUGAUCCUCCUCUUUUCCCCAAUGAGAACAGAGUAACUGCUCUCACCCAGAUGGAAUCAGCCUGCGUGUCCAUCCAUGAGGCCCUGAAGUCGGUCAUUGACUACCAGACACACUUCCGUCUCCGUGAGGCCCAAGGACGCAGUCGGGCAGAGGAUCUCAACACCCGCGUUGCGUUCUGGUCCAUCGGAGAAGCCAUUAUCCUUCUGGUGGUCAGCAUUAGUCAGGUGGUCCUGCUAAGAAGCUUCUUCUCUGACAAGAAGACCACUACAACACGUGUUGGAUCAUAACAGUCCCUGAGCCCUGGCAUCAGAUUCAUUACUUUCUUUAUCCGUACCUUGGCUUAUGUGCUUAAAGUGAGCUAGAAUAUCAGUGCAGAUGCGAAAUUGGAUCAUAUCAAACUGCCAGACUGUACAAUCUGACAUUUCAUCCUCGUUUAGCACUGAUAUUCUUACAAAUUUUAUGCAAAUGAGUCUUAAGCAAAAAGGUUAAGUGUUUAAAAUGUUAUUGAGAAGUAAGAGAGGAAACGUGGGGAAAGGCUUGCUUGUAACUACCGUAUUUGUAUUUCAGGCAGUUCAAGCAGCUGUUAGUUAAAGCAAACCUUUAAAUAUUUGAAAAUAUUUCUAAGUGUGUUCAUAUUUUAUUUGUGUCCUUUUCUACCCCCCCACCCCCCAUCAUCUCAUAGGCUCUCUCCCUGAUCUGUUCCACUUUUCAGCCCAAACUGUGCACUGAAAUAACCAAGGGAAUGGAAGUUGUAACUAAAUGUGUAAUGUAGGAAGUUGAGGAUUUCUUUCCUUAUCUGCAGAACAGUGGGUCUCACAAAACCACACUUGUAAGGCAAAGGUUUUGGUUGUGAAAAAUCUCUUGCGUUCUUUUCUCUAUUAAACCUCACUAUAUUGAGUGAGAAAGACUAGUUAUUGUGUUUGCUUUUAUCAACUGUCAUUUUAGGUGAGUUAUUAGUGGGAAAUGUGCUAUACAAAGAGAAAGGCAUUCUUUAAUAAUAGUUUAAAACGGUAUGUGUUUGGGUUGAAUUUAGAGAUGGAUACAGUCUCCCUUUAGUGACUGCAGUUAAUUCCUUAGAGUCUCUUUUUGCAUUUUAAAUUCCAUUUGCUUGAUUAUGCAUCAGUAUAAAGCCAUGCUUCGAAGUGACCAGACCUUGCUAAAUUAUCACCUAAAAAAAUCUUAAAAUUCCAGGUUAAGGUUUUUUUUUCAUUAUUACAUCUAUGUGGUUCAGUGUGGGAGACAAAGAAACUAAUAUUAUUCUUGUGUUUUUAAAGUAACACACUGUGUGCUAAGUGGGAUGUCAGUGUAACAACUUCUAAAAACUUUCACCGGUUUCCUGCCGUUGUUAUAUUCUGGCUUUGCUGUUUGAAGUGCAACAACUUAUUUAUCUUAACGGCUGAUAUUGUCCUCUUGGUUUUAUACAGCACUGUUGUGAAAUGCGUUUGGUUUUGCAAAAUAUAGCUUCAAUAUAAGAUAAUUCUAGUAACUUGAAUUUCUAGUUGUAAUUUGAAAUUGUAUCCCCUUGCUGACCACUCACUUUUCUAGAGGAAGGAUCUGGAAAAAUGUGUAUCUAAUAUGUCUCUUUGUAAUAUGACUGGUUCUGUCAUUUUUUAAAAAAUUUAUUCUGUCAGCAGUACUGAAAGAAAUUCUAAACAUUCAAGUUCUUGAGAUUAUCACUAAACAUUUGAGUAUACAGGAAGCACUACAUAUAGUAGUUGCAGUUCACCCUGGUAAUGUCGCUUCUUAGGACAGGAAUCACAUUAAAGUCAGAGGCUCAUUCCUUCCCUCAAUGUUGAUCUUUUCUUGCAACUCUUAAGACACAGACAUGGCUUAAACAUGAAAUACUUGAGUAUCAUGGUCUCACUGCUUUGAAGUUUGCUUGUAGAAUUUUCACAGUACAAAACAUAAGUGAAUGUGAUUGAGUUUACCUCCUGGCAAAGCUAGUAACAUGAUGAUUUUGAUGAUAAAUAUAACUUUUAUAUUUACAACAAAGGCACACUUACACUAAAUCCAUUAAAAGAGAAUGUGAGGCUUCUUUGACUUUAUAGUUUGGUUGCUUGUCAGAACUGCUUGCUGAGACCUGGAAAACAACUGAAAUAUUUGAUGUUAUUGCCAUUUGUUUGUUCUGGCUUGGCUUUGCGUAUUUUCUGAUGUUUUCUCCUUUCACCAUAUGUUUAUUGUCAGUUUUGGUAAGUGGAGCACUUUCAGACUUGUGCACUGACAGGUCAAUUUUUGAGACAAAUUCUGCUCUGAGGCAUUCUGGGAAUUUGUUAAGUUAUUGGGAUGGCUGAAUAAACUUUCUGUUAAAAUGUCA